ACGGCGCUGAGCCCGCGCUGCUGCUCCGGGCAGCCGGGAGAGAGGGCGCGGAGCCCCCAGAGCUGGGCAGCGUGCACGCCCCGGGGCGGACCCCGGCUGGCGGGGCUGGGACGGCCGCGGGCUUCUGCACCGGGACGUGUCCCGCCGAGCCAUGGGCAACGAGGCGAGCUUGGAAGGGGAAGGGCUCCCCGAAGGUCUGGCGGCGGCCGCAGGCGGGGCUGGCGGCUCGGGGAGCGCCCUGCACCCCGGGAUCCCAGCCGGCAUGGAGGCGGACCUGAGCCAGCUGAGCGAGGAGGAGAGGAGACAGAUCGCUGCUGUCAUGUCAAGGGCGCAGGGGCUGCCCAAGGGAAGCGUCCCCGCGGCCGCUGCGGAGUCGCCUUCCAUGCACAGGAAACAAGAGUUGGAUAGUAGUCAGCCUCCCCAGCAACCAGGAAAGCCACCAGACCCUGGACGCCCGACUCAGCCUGGCCUCAGUAAAAGCAGAACUACUGACACGUUUAGGUCAGAACAGAAAUUGCCUGGAAGGAGUCCAUCCACUAUUAGCUUGAAAGAAUCAAAGUCCAGAACUGAUUUUAAGGAAGAGUACAAGUCUAGUAUGAUGCCUGGUUUCCUGUCAGAUGUUAACCCUUUAAGUGCUGUCUCCUCUGUUGUAAAUAAAUUCAACCCGUUUGAUUUGAUAUCAGACUCUGAGGCAUCCCAGGAGGAAACUACAAAGAAACAAAAAGUUGCUCAGAAGGACCAAGGGAAAUCCGAAGGGAUCUCAAAACCCCCCUUACAGCAGCCAUCACCGAAGUCCGUUCCUAAACAGCAAGGACCUCUGAAAGAGGUGAUACAGCAAGAUAGCUCUCCCAAGUCGGCAUCUUCCCAGCAAGCAGAAAAAAUAAAACCACAAGCCCCCGGCACAGGAAAGCCUUCCCAGAAGAGUCCAGCCCAAACACCAGCUCAGCAACCAAGUCCUGGGAAACCUGUAGCCCAACAGCCUGGGCCUGCAAAGCCCACAGUCCAGCAGCCGGGGCCAGCAAAGUCCUCAGCACAGCCCGCUGGGACAGUGAAGCCUCCAGUUCAACCUCCAGUGACAGCCAAGCCCCCAGGUCAGCAGACUGGAUUAGAGAAGACCUCAUCACAGCAACCUGGGCCAAAGACUCUAGCUCAGACUCCUGGGCUUGGAAAGGUUCCAGCCGGGCCAGCAAAGUCCCCGGCCCAGCAGCCAGGGACAGCAAAAGUCCCAGCUCAACAGCCAGGGCCACCGACUUCGCCUAAGGUACCUGGGCCAACAAAGACUCCAUCUCAGCAGUCUGGGCCUGGAAAGAUACCAGCUCAACAGCCAGGCCCAGCAAAGCCUUCACCCCAGCAGCCCACCCCGGCAAAGCCCCAGCCUCAGCAGCCCACCCCGGCAAAGCCUUUACCCCAGCAGCCUACCCCGGCAAAGCCCCAGCCUCAGCAGCCCACCCUGGCAAAGCCUUCACCCCAGCAGCCCACCCUGGCAAAGCCUUCACCCCAGCAGCCCACCCCGGCAAAGCCCCAGCCUCAGCAGCCAAGCAUGGCUAAACCCUCAGCUCAGCAGCCCACGAAACCAAUAAGCCAAACGGUUACUGGAAGACCUCUGCAAGCACCACCAACUUCUGCAGCACAGACUCCUAUACAAGGCCUCUCUAAAACCAUCUGUCCUCUUUGCAACACCACUGAACUUCUGUUGCACAUUCCAGAAAAGGCCAAUUUUAACACAUGCACUGAGUGUCAAACCACCGUCUGUAGCCUCUGUGGUUUUAACCCCAAUCCUCAUUUAACUGAGAUCAAAGAGUGGCUCUGUUUAAACUGUCAGAUGCAGAGAGCUCUAGGAGGUGAACUAGCUGCGAUUCCAUCCUCACCGCAGCCGAGUCCAAAGGCUGCACCUGCACCUACAGCCACAGCCAGCAAACCAUCUGGACCAUUGCAACCAGCUUCCCCAAAGAAGGAGCCUCCGCCUAAACAGGACAGCCCAAAGGCACCAAAAAAGCCACCACCACUGCAGAAACAGCCAACUCUUCAUGGACCUGCCCCCACGACAGCCCCCCAGCCUCCGGUGGCAGAGGCCUUACCUGAACCAGCCCCUCCCAAGGAGCCUUCUGCACCUCUGCCUGAACAAGCCAAGGUUCCUGCUGCAGAUGUUAAACCAAAGCAGCCCAAGAUAGCAGAGCCACAAGCAGACACCCAGUCUGCGUCAGCAGCAACAGCAAAGCCUGAAAGUCUGAGCUCUCAAGUGCAGUCACAGGCUCAGGAGAAAACAGCCCCUCCUUUGAAAACAGACUCUGCCAAACCCUCACAGAGUUUCCCACCAACAGGAGAAAAACUCACCCCAUUUGAUUCUAAAGCCAUUCCCAGGCCUGCAUCAGAUUCAAAAAUUAUUUCACAUCCCAGGCCCAGUUCUGAGAGCAAGGAUCCCAAACACGUUGAUCCAAUUCCGAAGAAGGAAGAGCCUAAGAAAGCACAACCCAAGAUGAGUCCUAAACCAGAUGCGAAGCCAGUGCCAAAAGAGUCACCAACACCCUCUGGUCCACGAUCUACCACUGGCCAAGCUGCACCCUCAUCCCAGCAGCCCCCAAAGCCUCAGGAACAGUCAAGACGGUUCAGUUUGAAUUUGGGUAGUAUCACCGAUGCCCCCAAAUCACAACCCACAACUCCUCAAGAAACUGUGACCGGCAAACUAUUUGGGUUUGGAGCAUCCAUCUUUAGCCAAGCUUCAAAUUUAAUUUCCACAGCAGGCCAGCCAGGAGCUCAUCCACACACUGGGCCAGGUGCCCCAGCAAAGCAAGGCCCUACUGCAUCUCAGACUCCUGCUGCUCAGGGGCCACCUAAGUCCACAGGUCAGCUCCCACCAGCACCUGCCAAAGUAACACCUGUGAAGAAGGACGCAAAAGCCCCAGCAGCCGAAAAAUUGGAGUCCAAACCCGAGCAAGCUCCAACAGUGAAGAGAACAGAGAAAGAUAUGAAGCCACCACCUGGGAAGGUCUCCAAACUACCUUCUGAGCCUGAAAAGCCUGUCCUUACCCACAAGCCAGACAAGAACACCAAGCCCAAACCAACCUGUCCUCUCUGCAAAACUGAACUCAACAUAGGUUCUCAGGAUCCUCCUAACUUCAACAUCUGCACAGAGUGCAAGAAUCAAGUGUGCAAUCUCUGUGGAUUUAACCCAACACCCCACUUGACUGAGGUUCAAGAGUGGCUUUGUUUAAACUGCCAGACACAGAGGGCACUGUCUGGACAACUUGGAGAUAUGGGCAAAAUGCCACCUGCAUCAUCAGGAUCCAAAGUAUCCCCUGUACCUGGCCCUGCAGAAACAUCGUCUCAGAAAGCACCCACAGGCACCCAUGUAAAAGGCCAAAAGAAAGAAACAGAAGUAAAAAAAGAAACUGAAAAACUGAUCCCAGAAAAAGAAACAGCAUCAAUUGAGAAAACUCCUACAGUUGUAACCCUAGAUCAAAAACCAGAGGAGAGUAAAGUAGACAAAAGCAAAGUUUCAGCACUGCAGGAAAAGAAACCUCCUUCUGAAGAGGAAAAACAGCUACCUGAAGAUAAAAAGGAAAAGAAGCCACCUGCCGAAGAAACACCACCGCUUGAAGAAAAGAAGCCAGCUUCCAAAGAUGAGAAGUUACCCCCAGAAGUAAAGCCAUUGACCUCAGAAGGGGAAGAGAAACGUGAUAUGCUUAAAGCUCAUGUACAAACUCCAGAAGAAAAGCCCACAGGCAGAGUGACUGCAAAGGUAGAACAGGGGCAGCCAGAGACCAAAGUUGAAGGUCUGCCAAGUGUCACACCUGAGACUUUGCCAAAGGAAGGAGAGAAGGAAAGCAAAGCUGUGAAAGAGCCCCAGGCAGAGGGCAGCGCAAGUUAUGACCACGUGGAGCCUAGCAAAGUAAGGACAGAAAAGGAAGAAGACAAAUCAGACACCUCCAGUUCUCAGCAGCCCAAGAGCCCGCAAGGUCUGAGUGACACUGGAUAUUCUUCUGAUGGAAUAUCAGGUUCUCUUGGUGAAAUCCCAAGCCUUAUACCAAGUGAUGAAAAAGACUUACUCAAAGGACUCAAAAAGGACUCUUUCUCACAAGAAAGCAGCCCUUCUAGCCCCUCGGACUUAGCUAAGUUGGAAAGUACAGUACUAUCUAUUUUGGAAGCUCAGGCAAGUACACUAGUUGGUGAAAAAUCAGAAAAGAAAACACAGCCCCAGAAGGUGUCUCCUGAGCAUCCUCAGGACCAGCAGAAAACUGAGACUCCAUUGGAAACUCUGGACAUUACUAUUUCAGAGCAGGAUGUCAAACAGAGUCCAGAACAGAAAGAAACUUCAAAAAAGGAUAGCCAACAAGGUAUUCCUUCCAGGAAGGACCAUAAAGAAAAGCCUGAGCUGGUUGAUGAUCUAAGUCCAAGAAGAGCAUCCUAUGAUUCAAUUGAAGACAGCAGUGAAAGUGAAAACUCCCCUGUUGUACGUAGGAAGCGGAGAACUAGUGUUGGCUCAUCAAGCAGUGAUGAGUACAAACAGGAAGACAGUCAAGGUUCAGGGGAAGAGGAGGACUUCAUUCGAAAACAGAUCAUAGAGAUGAGUGCUGAUGAGGAUGCUUCUGGCUCUGAAGAUGAUGAAUUCAUUAGGAGCCAACUCAAAGAGAUUGGGGGUGUUACUGAGAGCCAAAAGAGGGAAGAAACAAAAGGGAAAGGUAAAAGCGUGUCGGGGAAACACAGACGACUGACUCGCAAGAGUAGUACUAGCUUUGAUGAUGAUGCAGGGAGACGCCAUUCCUGGCAUGACGAGGAUGAUGAAACAUUUGAUGAAAGUCCUGAACUCAAAUUCAGAGAAACCAAAAGUCAGGAGAGUGAAGAAGUUGUUGUUGCUGGAGGGGGAGGGUUACGUCGAUUUAAGACAAUAGAACUUAACAGCACAACAGCAGAUAAAUAUUCUGCAGAAUCCUCUCAGAAAAAGACAACUUUGUAUUUCGAUGAAGAGCCCGAAUUAGAGAUGGAAAGCCUGACGGACUCACCUGAAGACAGAUCUAGAGGAGAGGGGUCCUCUAGUCUCCAUGCAUCCAGCUUCACACCUGGCACGUCCCCUACAUCAGUGUCAUCCCUUGAUGAGGACAGUGACAGUAGCCCAAGUCACAAAAAAGGAGAAAGUAAGCAGCAGCGCAAAGCUCGGCAUAGGUCACAUGGCCCUCUCUUACCUACCAUUGAAGAUUCUUCUGAGGAAGAAGAAUUGCGAGAGGAAGAGGAAUUAUUAAAAGAGCAAGAGAAGCAGCGAGAAUUAGAGCAGCAACAAAGGAAGAGUUCUAGUAAGAAGUCGAAAAAAGACAAAGAUGAACUUCGAGCUCAGAGAAGGAGAGAACGACCAAAGACACCACCUAGUAAUCUCUCUCCCAUCGAAGAUGCAUCUCCCACAGAAGAACUACGACAGGCAGCAGAAAUGGAGGAGCUCCACAGGUCCUCUUGUUCUGAAUACUCACCUAGCAUAGAGUCAGAUCCAGAAGGAUUUGAAAUAAGCCCUGAGAAAAUAAUUGAAGUUCAAAAAGUUUAUAAAUUGCCCACAGCUGUGUCUUUAUACUCACCAACAGAUGAGCAAUCUGCUAUGCAGAAAGAAGGUGUUCAGAAGGCUUUAAAAAGUGCUGAGGAGAUUUAUGAAGAAAUGAUGCAUAAACCCCACAAAUAUAAAGCUUUUCCAGCUGCAAAUGAACGAGAUGAAGUGUUUGAAAAAGAGCCAUUGUAUGGUGGUAUGUUAAUAGAGGACUACAUUUAUGAAUCUUUAGUAGAGGACACAUAUAAUGGAUCAGUAGAUGGCAGUCUCCUCACAAGACAAGAUGAACAAAAUGGAUUUAUGCAGCAGAGAGGAAGAGAGCAAAAAGUAAGACUCCCGGAGCAGAUUUAUGAUGAUCCUAUGCAGAAAAUCACAGACCUCCAGAAAGAGUUUUAUGAGUUGGAAAGCUUACAUUCUGUGGUGCCUCAAGAAGACAUUGUCUCAAGCUCUUAUAUCAUUCCAGAAAGCCAUGAGAUAGUAGAUCUGGGCACCAUGGUGACUUCUACCAGUGAAGAAAAGAAACUAUUAGAUGCUGAUAGUGCCUAUGAAGAACUCAUGAAGCGACAACAAAUGCAGGUAACAGAUGGAUCAAGCCCAAUACAGACCAUUGUUGAGGAUGAAAUGGCAGAGUCUAAUAUGGACUUUGACAGGGUGCAAGAUGCCUCUUUGACAUCAAGUAUCCUUUCUGGAGCAUCUCUGACAGAUUCAACCAGCAGUGCAACUCUCUCUAUCCCAGAUGUUAAGAUAACCCAACAUUUUUCAACAGAAGAACUUGAUGAUGAAUAUGUAACUGAUUAUACAAGAGAAAUUCAAGAGAUAAUCGCACAUGAAUCACUGAUAUUGACCUACUCUGAGCCUUCAGAAAGUGCUACAUCUGUUCCACCUUCUGACACACCUUCUCUCACAUCAUCUGUUUCUUCUGUUUGCACCACAGAUAGCUCCUCACCUGUUACUGCCCUGGAUAGCCUAACAACUGUUUAUACAGAGCCAGUAGAUGUGAUAACAAAAUUUGAAGACUCUGAGGGAAUUUCUUCAACUUAUUUUCCAGGCAGUGUUAUAGACUAUCCAGAAGAUAUAAGUGUAUCUGUAGAUAGGACUAUUACACCAGAAAUUAGAAGUAAUACUGAUCAUAUUGUGAUUUCCUUCUCUAGUAUAGCACCUUCUAUCACAGAAUCUGUAGAAACUAAAGCUGAGAGGCUGCGAGCUGAGAGCAUUUCCACUGACUUACCUAUAUCUGAAAAAGAUAUAAUAACAGAAAGGAAGGAAACUGGGGAUGGAAUUAUUCUGGAAGUUUUGGAUGCUUACAAAGAUAAAAGGGAAGAGUCUGAGGCUAGACCAACGAUUAGCCUACCUGAAAUGGGGUUAGAUCAAACACCUUCCUCUGUAAUAGCCGCUCAAAUGAAAGAACAACCUGUAUCUCCACAUUCUUUAUCUGGGAAGAUCUCUGCUCAGGAAAAGUCCACAUAUCGGUUUCCAUCUGGCAGUCUUCCUGUUUCUACCCCUUCAUCUAAAUCUCGUCCAUUUCUCCGAGGUUCUUCUUUGGACAUAUCAGCCCAACCACCUCCUCCCCCUCCACCCCCUCCUCCUCCACCCCCUCCACCACCUCCUCCCCCACCCCCACCAUUGCCCCCAGCAACUUCACCUAAGCCAGCCAUUUAUCCUAAAAAAAAGUUGGCAGUUGCAGCUCCAGUGACUCCAACUACUAUUGUUACAACCCAUGUUGAUGCCAUUACUACAGUAGAGAGCACACCUGCUCGGAGGAGUAAUGGGUUACCUACAACCAAAAUAUGUGCUACUGCACCCCCUCCUGUCCCUCCUAAGCCUUCUUCAGUUCCAAUUGGACUUGUGUUUACACAUAGACCAGAGGCAAGCAAACCUCCAAUUGCCCCCAAGCCAGCAGUUCCUCAGAUUCCAGUGACUACACAGAAAACAACAGAUACAUGCCCCAAACCAACAGGUCUAUCUUUAACUUCAAGUAUGUCCUUAAAUUUAGUGACUACAGCAGAUUACAAACUGCCUUCCCCUACCUCACCACUUUCCCCACACUCUAACAAAUCCUCACCAAGAUAUUCUAAGUCUCUCAUGGAGACUUAUGUGGUUAUUACACUGCCCUCUGAACCUGGGACUCCAACAGAUUCUUCUGCUGCUCAAGCCAUUACCAGUUGGCCCUUGGGAUCGCCCCCAAAAGAUCUGGUUUCUCUUGAAACGGUGUUUUCCAUAGUUCCUCCUAUGACAGCUAUAGAAAUUCCAAGUUCCUCACAGCCAACUGUGUAUGCUUCGGGAGCUUUGGGCACAUUUUCUGAUGCCCCUGUUGCAACACCAUCUCUAUUUCAAGGAGCUCCAACUCCGCUUACACAAUUACUUCCAACAGAAGGUUCAAAAACUGAAUUUUCCACAACGAGGAGUACAGUUUCAAGUGUUGCUCCGAGAAGCGUUUCCAUACCGAUUCCUCCAGAGCCUCUUGCUCUAGAUAGGCAUCAGUACAAGGAAAAUGGGAAAUUGCAACUUAUUGGUGAUGCCAUUGAUUUACGUACAAUAACAAAAACAGAAGCUAAAGCAACUGAAAAAGGUAUGGAUCUUUCUGCUUCAGCAAUGGAUGUGAAAAGGCAAACCACAGCAAAUGGAUCUUAUGGGAGACAGAUCAGUGCCAUCCAACCUUCUAUCAUAAAUCUCAGUGCACCUUCCUCAUUAGUAACUCCAAUCACCAUGGACUCUGAGACAGUGGCUGUUGUCACAUGCCCAGAUUCUACAAUUUACACAACAGGCACAGAAAGCCAAGUGAGUAUAGAACAUGCAAUGGCAUCACCACUCCAGCUCACUAUAGCAAAACAUACUGAGUCACCAUACAGGAAACCUAGUGGCCAGACCUUUCCUAUGGUUAGAGAUGAAGCACCAAUAAACUUGUCACUAGGUCCUUCAGCUCAGGCAGUGACAUUGGCUGUUACAAAGCCUGUCACAGUGCCUCCUGUUGGUGUCACAAAUGGAUGGACUGACAGCACCAUAUCUCAGGGGAUCACUGAUGGAGAAGUAGUAGAUCUCAGCACAUCAAAGUCUCAUAGAACUGUUGUAACAAUGGAUGACUCUACUUCAAAUGUGGUGACCAAAAUAAUAGAAGAUGAUGAAAAACCUGUUGAUUUGACUGCAGGAAGAAGAGCUGUGUGCUGUGACAUGGUUUACAAGUUGCCCUUUGGAAGGAGCUGCACAGCACAGCAGCCUGCAACUACUCUUCCUGAAGACCGUUUUGGUUAUAGGGAUGACCACUAUCAAUAUGAUAGAUCAGGGCCAUAUGGUUACAGAGGGAUUGGUGGAAUGAAACCUUCCAUGUCUGACACUAACCUAGCAGAAGCUGGACAUUUUUUCUAUAAAAGUAAGAAUGCUUUUGAUUAUUCUGGAGGAACUGAUGCAGCAGUAGAUCUAACUUCAGGGAGAGUGUCUACAGGUGAGGUAAUGGAUUAUUCAAGCAAGACUACAGGUCCAUACCCAGAAACACGCCAAGUCAUUUCAGGAGUUGGGAUUAGUACCCCGCAGUAUUCCACAGCAAGAAUGACUCCACCUCCAGGACCCCAGUAUGGUGUGGGAAGUGUUUUGAGGUCAUCUAAUGGUGUUGUCUAUUCUUCAGUAGCAACUCCAAUUCCCUCCACAUUUGCUAUCACCACUCAACCUGGCUCCAUUUUCAGUACCACAGUCAGGGAUUUAUCAGGUAUUCACACAACAGAUGCAGUGACUUCAUUAUCAGCCCUGCAUCAAAGCCAGCCAAUGCCUCGAUCAUAUUUCAUAACAACAGGUGCAUCAGAAACAGACAUCUCAGUAACAAGUAUUGACAUCAAUGCUAGUCUGCAAACUAUUACUAUGGAAACUCUUCCUGCUGAGACAAUAGACUCUGUUCCGACUUUAACCACAGCAUCUGAAGUAUUCUCUGAGGUGGUCGGAGAGGAAAGCACUCUUUUAAUUGUCCCUGAUGAAGACAAACAACAGCAGCAACUUGACUUGGAGCGCGAGCUCCUGGAACUAGAGAAAAUCAAGCAGCAACGCUUUGCUGAGGAACUAGAGUGGGAACGUCAGGAGAUUCAGAGGUUCCGAGAACAAGAGAAGAUCAUGGUUCAAAAGAAGCUGGAGGAGCUGCAAUCUAUGAAGCAGCAUCUUCUCUAUCAGCAGGAAGAAGAGCGGCAGGCCCAGUUCAUGAUGAGGCAGGAGACGCUAGCUCAGCAACAGUUACAGCUUGAGCAGAUCCAACAGCUGCAACAACAGCUGCACCAGCAGCUUGAGGAGCAAAAACUUCGCCAAAUCUACCAGUAUAACUAUGACCCCUCUGGAACUGCUUCCCCACAAACCACUACUGAGCAGGCAAUUUUGGAGGGUCAGUAUGCCGCUCCAGAGGGCAGUCAGUUUUGGGCCACUGAAGAUGCCACCACUACAGCAUCCACUGUGGUAGCCAUUGAAAUACCACAGAGCCAAGGAUGGUACACUGUUCAGUCUGACGGUGUGACGCAGUACAUUGCUCCGCCUGGCAUCUUGAACACUGUUUCAGAGAUACCUCUGACUGAUGUUGUGGUAAAAGAGGAGAAACAACCCAAAAAAAGAAGUUCCGGAGCCAAAGUUCGGGGGCAGUAUGAUGAGAUGGGGGAAAACAUGGCCGAUGAUCCACGGAAUUUAAAAAAGAUAGUGGACAGUGGUGUACAAACUGAUGAUGAAGAAACUGCUGAUCGGAAUUAUGCAAGUAGGAGGAGAAGAACUAAAAAAAGUGUUGAUACCAGUGUCCAAACUGAUGAUGAAGAUCAAGAUGAAUGGGAUAUGCCUUCCAGGUCAAGGAGAAAAGUGCGUUCGGGAAAAUAUGGAGAUAACACGACAGAGGGUGACAAGACCAAACCCCUUUCUAAAGUCUCCAGUGUAGCAGUUCAGACAGUCGCAGAGAUAUCUGUGCAAACUGAACCAGUGGGAACCAUAAGAACACCUUCCAUACGAGCACGGGUGGAUGCCAAGGUAGAAAUAAUUAAGCACAUUUCAGCACCUGAAAAGACUUACAAAGGGGGCAGUUUAGGAUGUCAAACAGAAACAGAUUCAGACACACAGAGUCCUCCAUAUCUGGGUGCCACAUCUCCACCCAAAGACAAGAAACGCCCAACACCUUUAGAGAUUGGUUAUUCAUCAUCUCACCUUCGGGCAGACACCACAGUGCAGCUGGCUCCUUCCCCACCCAAAUCUCCAAAAGUCCUUUACUCUCCCAUCUCACCACUUUCCCCAGGCAACGCCUUAGAACCAGCCUUUGUACCUUAUGAAAAACCCCUCACUGAUGACAUAAGUCCACAGAAUGUACUCCAUCCAGAUAUGGCUAAAGUUCCCCCAGCAAGUCCUAAGACAGCCAAGAUGAUGCAGCGUUCUAUGUCUGACCCCAAGCCUCUGAGUCCAACAGCAGACGAGAGUUCCAGGGCUCCUUUUCAGUAUUCCGAGGGCUUCACGACUAAAGGUUCUCAAACCAUGACAGCCUCUGGUACCCAGAAAAAAGUGAAGAGAACACUGCCAAAUCCCCCUCCCGAGGAGGCAUCCACGGGAACACAGUCAACUUACAGCACAAUGGGCACUGCUUCUAGGAGAAGGAUGUGCAGAACCAAUACCAUGGCUCGAGCCAAGAUUCUCCAGGACAUAGACCGAGAGCUUGACCUGGUAGAAAGGGAGUCUGCCAAGCUUAGAAAGAAGCAAGCAGAACUUGAUGAAGAAGAAAAGGAGAUUGAUGCCAAGCUACGGUAUCUGGAGAUGGGAAUUAACCGGAGGAAAGAAGCAUUGUUGAAGGAGAGAGAAAAGAGAGAGCGUGCCUACCUGCAGGGGGUAGCUGAGGAUCGGGAUUACAUGUCUGACAGCGAAGUCAGUAGCACCAGACCAAGUCGAAUAGAAAGCCAGCAUGGCAUCGAGCGACCAAGAACAGCUCCUCAAACUGAAUUCAGCCAGUUCAUCCCUCCACAAACCCAAACAGAAGCUCAAUUAGUGCCCCCUACAAGUCCUUACACACAGUACCAGUACUCCUCACCCGCUCUUCCCACCCAAGCACCCACCCCGUAUACCCAACAAUCUCAUUUUCAACAGCAAACAUUGUACCAUCAGCAGGUUUCACCCUAUCAGACUCAACCAACCUUCCAAGCUGUAGCAACAAUGUCCUUCACACCCCAAGCUCAACCCACUCCUACACCACAACCAUCUUAUCAAUUACCAUCACAGAUGAUGGUCAUACAACAGAAGCCUCGGCAAACAACACUAUAUUUGGAGCCCAAGAUAACUUCUAACUAUGAAGUGAUUCGAAACCAACCCCUGAUGAUCGCUCCUGUUUCUACUGAUAAUACAUAUGCUGUUUCCCAUCUUGGGAGUAAGUACAAUAGCUUAGACUUGAGAAUUGGUUUGGAGGAAAGAAGCAGCAUGGCAAGCAGUCCAAUAUCAACCAUAUCUGCAGACUCUUUCUAUGCAGAUAUUGACCACCACACUUCAAGGAAUUAUGUCCUAAUAGAUGACAUUGGGGAGAUUACCAAAGGGACAGCAUCACUGAGCACUGCAUUUAGUCUUCAUGAAAAGGAUCUGUCCAAAACAGAUCGUCUCCUUAGAACCACAGAGACACGUAGGUCUCAAGAAGUGACAGAUUUCCUAGCACCUUUGCAGACUUCCUCCAGAUUGCAUAGCUAUGUGAAAGCAGAGGAGGACCCGAUGGAGGAUCCUUAUGAGUUAAAGCUUCUGAAACAGCAGAUCAAGCAAGAAUUCCGUAGAGGCACGGAGAGCCUAGAUCACCUUGCUGGCCUUUCACAUUAUUACCAUGCCGACACUAGCUAUAGACACUUUCCCAAAUCUGAAAAGUAUAGCAUCAGUAGACUCACCCUUGAAAAGCAAGCCGCCAAACAAUUGCCAGCAGCCAUCCUUUACCAAAAGCAAUCAAAGCAUAAGAAAUCAUUAAUUGACCCUAAAAUGUCAAAGUUUUCACCUAUUCAAGAAAGUAGAGACCUUGAACCUGAUUAUCCCAGUUAUAUGAGUUCUAGCACUUCAUCUAUUGGUGGUAUUUCUUCUAGGGCAAGGCUUCUUCAAGAUGAUAUCACAUUUGGCCUCAGAAAAAAUAUUACAGAUCAACAAAAAUUUAUGGGCUCCUCACUUGGGUCAGGACUGGGCACAUUAGGAAAUACCAUCCGGUCAGCUCUACAGGAUGAAGCAGAUAAGCCAUACAGCAGUGGGAGCAGGUCCAGGCCUUCCUCUAGGCCUUCCUCUGUCUAUGGGCUUGAUUUAUCAAUUAAGAGGGAUUCUUCCAGCUCAUCACUGAGACUGAAAGCUCAAGAGGCCGAAGCUCUGGAUGUCUCCUUUGGCCAUUCAUCAUCGUCUGCAAGAACUAAGCCCACCAGUUUACCAAUCAGCCAGAGUAGAGGAAGAAUACCAAUUGUGGCCCAGAAUUCAGAAGAAGAAAGUCCACUAAGUCCCGUUGGCCAACCAAUGGGAAUGGCCAGGGCUGCAGCUGGCCCCUUGCCCCCAAUAUCUGCAGACACAAGGGAUCAGUUUGGAUCAAGUCACUCAUUGCCUGAAGUUCAGCAACACAUGAGAGAAGAGUCACGGACACGGGGUUAUGACCGUGACAUAGCAUUCAUCAUGGAUGACUUCCAACAUGCUAUGUCUGACAGUGAAGCCUAUCACUUGCGUCGGGAGGAAACGGAUUGGUUUGAUAAACCCAGGGAAUCUCGGUUGGAAAAUGGCCAUGGUCUGGAUCGGAAACUGCCAGAAAGAUUGGUUCACUCCAGACCGCUAAGUCAACAUCAAGAGCAAAUUCUGCAGAUGAAUGGGAAGACAAUGCACUACAUCUUUCCUCAUGCAAGGAUAAAAAUAACCAGAGACACUAAGGAUCACACAGUUUCAGGCAAUGGCCUAGGAAUUAGAAUUGUUGGCGGUAAAGAAAUCCCUGGACAUAGUGGAGAAAUUGGAGCCUAUAUUGCUAAGAUUCUUCCCGGUGGAAGUGCAGAACACACAGGGAAACUUGUAGAAGGGAUGCAAGUUUUGGAAUGGAAUGGGAUUCCCUUAACUUCUAAAACAUAUGAAGAAGUACAGAGCAUCAUUAAUCAGCAAAGUGGGGAAGCAGAAAUAUGUGUAAGACUGGACCUCAAUAUGUUGUCAGAUUCCGAAAAUCCACAGCACCUAGAACUGCAUGAGCCGCCAAAAGUUGCAGAUAAGGCCAAGUCCCCAGGGGUGGAUCCCAAGCAGUUGGCAGCAGAGCUGCAGAAAGUCUCCCUCCAGCAGUCGCCACUGGUCAUGUCCUCAGUCGUGGAGAAGGGGUCUCACGCUCACUCGGGUCCUACGUCAGCAGGAUCCAGUUCUGUCCCCAGCCCUGGGCAGCCAGGCUCGCCCUCAGUGAGCAAGAAGAAGCACGGAAGCAGCAAGCCUACUGAUGCAGCAGCGAAGGCUUCCUCCCAUCCAAUUACAGGAGAAAUUCAGCUUCAAAUCAACUAUGAUCUUGGAAAUCUUAUAAUACAUAUUCUUCAAGCAAGAAAUCUUGUUCCCAGAGACAACAAUGGCUACUCUGACCCUUUUGUUAAGGUGUACCUACUUCCAGGUCGCGGACAAGUCAUGGUUGUCCAGAAUGCAAGUGCUGAGUACAAAAGAAGGACUAAGUAUGUCCAGAAAAGUCUUAAUCCUGAAUGGAACCAAACAGUAAUUUAUAAAAGUAUUUCCAUGGAGCAGCUCAUGAAGAAGACCUUGGAGGUGACAGUUUGGGACUAUGAUAGAUUUUCUUCUAACGACUUCCUUGGAGAGGUAUUGAUUGAUUUAUCUAGCACAUCUCACCUGGACAACACUCCCCGGUGGUAUCCACUGAAAGAACAGACAGAGAGCAUUGACCAUGGCAAGUCUCACUCUAGUCAAAACAGCCAGCAGUCCCCAAAGCCCUCUGUGAUCAAAAGCAGGAGCCACGGCAUCUUCCCUGACCCAGCCAAGGACAUGCAGGUUCCCACCAUUGAGAAAUCUCACAGUAGUCCCGGUAGCUCAAAAUCAUCAUCUGAAGGCCAUCUCCGCUCUCACGGACCAUCUCGCAGUCAAAGCAAAACCAGUGUCGCUCAGACCCACCUGGAAGAUGCAGGGGCGGCCAUAGCCGCGGCCGAAGCCGCAGUGCAACAACUCCGCAUUCAACCAACAAAGCCCGCAAACCACCGGCCUGCAGAGAGCGCCGUGUCCACUGGCUCCUCGGGCAGCAGCGUUGGCAGUGGGUAUAGCAUGGACGGUGAAGGAAGCAGCUGCGUGGCAGGGGAGCCUAAUCUACUUCCUAUCCCGAGGAUAGGAAAGAUGGGACAGAAUGGACAGGACCCUGUGAAGCAGCCAGGAAUGGGAGCAUCAGACACAGAGGCUAAAACUCAAGUCAUGGGAGAAAUCAAGCUAGCAUUGAAAAAGGAAAUGAAAACGGAUGGUGAACAACUGAUAGUUGAAAUUCUCCAGUGCAGAAAUAUUACCUACAAAUUCAAGUCUCCGGAUCAUUUACCAGAUUUAUAUGUGAAGAUAUAUGUGAUAAACAUCUCUACUCAAAAAAAGGUUAUCAAAAAGAAAACAAGGGUGUGCAGACAUGAUAGAGAGCCUUCCUUCAAUGAAACUUUUAGAUUCAGCCUAAGUCCUGCUGGUCAUUCUCUUCAGAUUUUGCUUUUCUCCAAUGGAGGGAAGUUUAUGAAGAAGACUUUGAUCGGGGAAGCUUGUAUCUGGCUUGACAAAGUGGAUCUGAGAAAAAGAAUAGUCAAUUGGCACAAACUUUUGGUCAGUACUACUCAAACACACUGAGGAUGUGUCCACUCAGUGAGGACACGGAGCUGCAUAGCCUCAGAUCGAGACUGUAGUUGAAUACUACUGUGCUGAUCUGUUUUCAGGGGCAAACUUGAGAGAGGAAACAACAGGCACACAGAAUGCGCUGUUGUGGAUUACAAAACGACUUAAGGAGUUCACGUGUUGAACGCAAACAGAUUAAAACGAGCCCUGAGACACUGCAUUGCUCACAGCUGGAAAGAGAAACUGUGAAAGUAGAUUUGAUUCUUAAGGUAAAUGUCUUAGAUAAGACUGAUCUGGAACUGAAGUAAAAGGCACAAAAGUUAUGAUGGUGUUCAAAGGUAGUGUGAAAGCAAUUGCUUAUACACACGGAAACCUUGUUAGAAAAACUGAUGUAAUGAAUCUUGGUUUUCAAAAGUUCAAAACUCCUUGUCUAAUAUUCUUUAUAAAACUUCUUGUUUUGAAAUUCUGACAUAAGAUUCAACUAUGGGUUGUCUACAGGACGAGAAAGUGACUGUGUUUAUGGGGGAAUUAAGCAAGAGUUAUGGACUAUGGAUUUUAGAUUACACUGUGCAUGUUUUCUCUGUGUCUACGCUAGAAAGCUAUACAGCCAUAGGUCUGAAUUCUAUGUGGCAUAAGCACAUCUGUUUUGGUGUAAUUUAACAUAGUAAAGAGUGAAGAUAAUAGUAGGUUAAAAUGAAAUUGUAUUUAUCUAGAAAUAAAACAAAAACUAGUGACUGGACAUAAGGAAAAAUGUUGACCCACAAAAUAUGUACCUUGGUUGAAAACAUUACAAUCUUCAAUUUUCCAUAAAGUCAAGUCAUUCUCAACUGUAUACACCAAGGCAUCUAGAUUAAUCCGUGUGCUCUAAGAAGAGGGCUGCUUGUUUUCUAAGCAUCUCCCAUUACCUGUAUCAUUGUACAUAUUUCAUGACAUCAACAUCAUAUUCUCUCUCCUUUCUUGUUAGUGAUGAUUUCAUAAUUAGGAAUCCCAUCGAUGUUGGAAAAGAAUGUAAAAAGUCAAUGUUUGAAAUUAAAAUAUAUUUGACAUAUUUUAAUAAUACAGAACCAAACAACCAAUGUGCGAAUCAUUAAAAUGUAGUGUUCCUUUCCCCACCAACGUCAAUAAAAAAAAAAGUAACACGGAAGUAUGAAAAAUGCAUUCCUCUAGGAUUAAAAUCUUGGCUUCUGGUCCUGAUUUUGCUACUGACCUUGCACAUAUCACUUUGAAAAUGUCAUUUAAAUUCACUUUCCCCAUACAUAAUGGUGUAUCCCUAUCCUUCUUCACAGAAUGCCAGGAAGCUUAAAUAAAGAGACAUAUGAAAUAGAAAGCACAUUUGCAAAUACAGCUUUAAACACAAACAGAGAUAAUUAUUAUGUAGCUUUUUAAUUCUCAAAUUUUAUAUGUGAGAAACAACUUCCAACCAAUGGUAAGCAUCAGCAUGGGAUAAAAAGAGGGUAAAUUGUUCCAAAACUUAUUUAUUUAAAUAUAAACAUCCAUUUAACCUGAAAAGAUUGAAUAUUAAAUAAAAUUAUUUGUUUUGCCAAAUUUACUGAAGUACGUAGUUCUUAUUCCAUUCCCACAUUCUGCCCAAAAUAAUCUAAAUUGCUUUGCAUAGUUUUUGAACCUAAAGAUUGUUUCUUUUCCUAAGAUGAAGUUUUAGUAGGAUUACAGAAAACCUUGGAAAUAUUGGUUGGAUAUUGAAUUUUCUCAUAUUUAGAGAAAAACCCUAAACUUGAAAGCAAUGGAAAACUCUAGAAAUAAAAAUUUAUAGUCCAUAACAAGUUGUGUAUCUUGCACUCAUUAAAAACAAAAAUUCAAAUUUACUUUUCAUUGUCCUAAUAUAUCGUCACCCUCUUUUCUCUAUUUUUUCAUCCCUUCUACCCUGACAAUGCAAUACCAUUUACGACUGAUAGUCUUCUAAAGUGAACACGGGAGGUGUGAAUUUUCAAAGAUAAGAUACUGCUAACAUUUUAUUUUUAGAGACCGCUAGGUCUGCCGGUGGUUGCUAUAGCUAUUUCCAGCAGACACUUGCACUUGAGGCAGCCUAUAAUCAGUCACAACUGGGGAAGAAAAGAGUCAAAGAGUAUCAUCUGACAACAAAAAGCUCUGCCAUUUGCUCUUCACAAUAAGCUGUGAUUCAUCUCUGAUCCAUCUACAGCACUGGUACUCCAAGGGUUUUGUGAAAGGUUGUUUAGCCAGGUACUUUACUCCAUUCUAGUUGAAACUUACACAAACAGAGGGACCACCAGAGCAAGAUCGUCUUGAGUAGCUAUUAAGCUUGAAAGAAUGGAAGCCUUCCUUGCAAUGAAGCCCCUCCAUUGUAAGGAACUAGGGAUGGGACUAGAUUGUCAGACCAAUGAAGAGAGUCAGUGACAGAGCUUAUUCUCACGCACCAGCAUUCCCCUUGAGAAAGAAAACAAUCCUGCCAGUGUGCCAAGUUUGCAGCUGAGGAAGCUCCUAGGUUGUAACUGGAAUUGCUCUAUGCAACACCAAUUCUUAUACGAAUGCACUUCUGAGGGACGUUGAUUGCCCUUCUCACAACAACAAAAAAAUAUUUCUUUUUUAAUUGCAAAUAGGGCUCUUAGUGUUUUUUACUUUUUUGUAAAUAGCACGACACAUGAUUUCCCAUUUUUUAUUUUAUGUUACGUUACAGAAUUAGCUUUUUUAUCUCAAUAGUAACAGAGUUUACAAUCUCUAAUCACUAAAUUAUUAAUCUUGCAGCAUUUACACCUUGAGAAACAUUUCGUUUUUCCUACCGAUCCACUGAGUCAUCAGAGAUGGAAGUUUGUUGGUUUAAAAUUUAGUACUAAGAAAGCUUUCAACAGAGAAGAAAAAGCACAGAGUGAAUUUUUAUAGUAGUUGGGAAUUAUAGAAUCCUUAUUAUGAAUAAUGAUAACACUAGUAGCAAGAAGUUGGUGUUUUACUUAUCUGAUUUUACUUAAUAUUAAGAAAAGUUUGGUGACUCUGAACUUGUUUGAUUACCAUUUCUGUUUCAAAAGAACAAUACUAAACAUUAAGGGAUAGUAAUUGCCCUUGAUCCUUAAUAUGGUCCAUAUUUUAAUAAUUCAUGAUAGUUAGAUAUACACUCUCUACAUAUCUAUGAGGUUGAUUUAGGGAAUCACACACACUAGUUGUAUCCUGAGAAUAUUAUAGCUGGUAACCAGCUGAUACUGAUUCUCAUUAUAGAAUGGUUGUUAUGACGUUGGUGGUAGCCAUAGUUACAAUAGUGCUGACAGUGAGGUGAAGUAAAAUAAAGUAUUUGUUACUAUAGUGUGCCCAGUUUAUUAGCAGUUAUUUGAUCAAUGCUUCAUUUCAUUAAAAUACCAUAAAGAUGUUUAUAGUAUUUUUUUACUUUAUUAUUUAAAUCAUAACUAACAAUAUUUUUAAAAAGUUAUUUUAAUUGCUAUAAUGUCAAAUAGUCCAAAAUUAACCAACUAGAGCUACAUGUGUUUAUAACUGUAUGUAUGACAGAAAUGACUUUCCCUCCUUUUGAGUUUGAAAUGAAAUCGAAAGCUCAACAAAUAAUCAUGAGCUUUUCCCUUAAGAAUUAUUUGCCUUUAGUGUAACAGAAGAAUGAAUGAGUGAGUGAAACCUAUAUUCUUACUGAAUAUGACAUAUUGAUGUUUUCUGUAUGUCUCGUGUGGCUAUUGGUAAAGACACACAUUAAAUAAAAAGCAUUUAACCAAGUUCUUUAUCUGGUAGGUAGAUUGAGAUCAUUUUCUGAAUCCGUUAUGCUGUAUAUAACUAGACAUUUGAUAACAUAGAAACUGUAGAGUUAGCCUCAUCCCUUGGAAGUCAGCAUGUGACUGUGAUUAUCAUGUGUCUGUGUAUUUGUUUAGUGAUGUGCUCAGGUGCUCCCACUACUGAUUAAUGUGUGUGCUAAUAUCUUAACAACACAUCUGUUGAAAAAGGGUGUUUCUUGUCUAAAAAAAAAAUGUUUAAAACCCAAUAAAAUUUAUUUCCAACAAAACAUGAAGUUCUUGGAGACGUGUCUCGUUUCCGACGAUAUGUUGCAUGCUUUCUUGGAGAUUUGCUAAUCUUUUUAUUAUUAUUUUUUUGUUUACCAAAUAUUCUGAAAAAUUUAAUGAACAAAUGCAAAUUCUUGGGCUAUUGAUUGUAUGAACAGAUCUGAAAAAUAAAUGAGAAUUGUGUAGAAACAGAAUGCUUGUAAAUCUGUGUUGAAUUUUACUCUAUGUAAAAACACGUCUUGGUUUUGUGAUUGUACACAGGUGUUUCUUGAAAACUUAUGUAAACUGUGCUGUUUAAAGGCUGUUGUAUCAACCUUACUAAUAAAUA